CCGAAAGCAGCGGCCAACCCACGGCCGCCCGAACCAACCCUCACUCUGGCGUCACGCAGCGGGCGGGGCAGCAGCAGCAGCGCGAAUGCCCGGCUGUCGCUCAUCUCCAGGCACUUCGACCAGCGUUUGCCGCUGCCCGAGCUGCACACGCCGUUCUCGUCCGAGAGACAGUCGCUCGAACCCGACGACGUCGAGUAUAAACCCAUCGACCGGCCCCUCCCCGCCAUCGCCGAGCCAGACCUCAACAACAACAUCAUGUCUUCGCAAGCCGCCCACAACACCCUGCUGAUCCCAGGGCCCAUCGAGUUUGACGAUGCCGUCCUGCAGUCCAUGUCGCACUAUGCCGAGAGCCAUGUCGGCCCGGCCUUUGUCAAGACAUUCGGCGAGACCUUGACCCUCCUGCGCAAGCUCUUCCAGACCACCGACCCCGCCGCACAGCCGUUUGUCAUCUCUGGCAGCGGCACUCUGGGCUGGGAUCUUGUUGCCGGCAACCUGAUCGAGCGCGGCGAAGACGCCCUGGUGCUUCACACGGGCUACUUUGGCGACUCGUUCGCCGCCGCGCUCGAAACCUAUGGCGCGCGCGCAACACAGCUCAAGGCCCCCAUUGGAGACCGCCCGCAACUGUCCGAGAUUGAAGCUGCUCUGAAAGAAAAACCUUAUAAGCUCGUCACCAUCACGCACGUCGACACCUCGACCGGCGUGCUGAGCGAUAUCAAGGCCGUCGCCGAGCUCGUGCGCCGCGUCAGCCCAGACACCCUGGUUGUUGUCGACGGCGUGUGCAGCGUGGGAUGCGAGGAAAUCGACUUUGACGCUUGGGAUCUGGACGUCGUCUUGACCGCGAGCCAAAAGGCCAUCGGCUGCCCGCCCGGUCUCAGCAUUUUGAUGCUGUCCGGCCGUGCCAUCAACGUCUUCAAAUCGCGCAAGACUCCACCAGGCUCAUACUACGCCUCGAUCGCCAACUGGCAGCCCAUUAUGCAAAACUACGAGGCCGGAAAGCCCUCGUACUUUGCUACCCCGCCCACCCAGCUGGUCCACGCCCUGCACACGUCUCUCAGCAGCAUCACUGCAAACGUCUCCGAGCGGUUCGCCAUCCACACCCAGGCCUCGGACAAAGUGAAGGCCGUCGUCGCCGAGCUCGGUCUGACCCAGCUAGCCACCAAGCCCGAGAACCAGGCUCACGCCAUGACCGCGAUCCGCUUGCCCGAGGGCCUUACGGCGCCGGAUAUCCUGCCGGGUCUUUUGAAGCGUGGUGUGGUGUUUGCCGGUGGUCUGCACAAGGAGAUUGCGCCCUUGUAUAUCCGCUUCGGCCAUAUGGGCGUCAGCGUCACAGAUCCAAACCGCAAGGAUAUCGACGGGGCUAUUGUCGCGCUGAAGGAGGCAUAUGCCGAGGCGCGAAAGGCCAAGGGCCUUUAG